GUCACGGUCGCAUGCAGCUCGGGAUCCGGACGUCACCUUUACCUCCACCCUACGCCGGGCGCAAUAGGCGCAACAGGCCUCACGAUGGCUUCGAUGAGCAAAAGAACACAGGCUCGAAAUGAGAGAGAGCUGCACGAGUUACUCAAUUUGCCCGGUAACUCACAAUGCGCCGACUGUGGCGCAAGGAAUCCAGCAUGGGCAAGCUGGAACUUGGGCGUCUUCCUUUGUAUGCGAUGCGCUUCACUGCACCGGAAGUUGGGUACACAUAUCAGCAAGGUCAAGUCAUUGAGCAUGGACACGUGGAACACGGAACAAGUUGAGAACAUGAAACGCAACGGCAACAAUGCAGUGAAUAAGACGUACAAUCCUAAGAACAAACGACCUGACAUGCCGCUCGAUGCAGAUGAGGUGGACUCGGCGAUGGAAAGAUUCAUAAGAAAGAAGUACCAAGAAAAGAGUCUGUCGGAUGGAAAACCUCAACCUCCUCAACGUGACGACCAUUCAACAACAAGUUACUCGAGGCCCCAACGAGAAGAGUCUCCUCCCCCCCCUCUGCCGCCUAAAAAGGGCAAACUCUUCGGCUUCAGUCUGCGGACAUCGGCUUCAUCUCUUCAAUUGUCGAGCAAGAAAAAAGCGACUAAGGGGGCCCAGGCUCGCGUUGAUAGGGAUUUCCAUGUUCCUGAUGAUGGUUACAACUCAAUGUCGAGAAUGGCUGACGCACGCUUUGAGAUGACAGAUGCAGACUUGCAGAAGAAGUUGAAUGCUCUACUAGACAUGGGGUUUCCAGACGUGGAGCGUAACACAAGUUUACUGAAGAAACUGAAUGGCAACGUCGAGAGGACUAUUGCUACACUGAUUCAACUGGGGUCAAGUGAGAACACCAAGCCCCCAAGCACCCGUGGCACCCAAAGACUAGAAAGGAGUACUUCUGAAUCCAUUCAAGCAGCUACUGGCGCGUCUACGACCGAACCAGCUGCUCAAAGGCCUGCAGAACCUUCUUACAACCCCUUCACUCAGAUGACCAAUCAACAGACUGUUGGCCUUUCCAUGUCAAAACCUCAGGAACCCAAUUAUGGCAGCAACAACCCAUACGGCCAAGCCAACCGAGCUCCGACCGAGUCAGAACUGGAGCAGUCUUUCCAAUCCAUGCAGCUUGCUCAACCACUCUUUCCUCACAGCACUGGAGGAUACCCAAGUCAAUAUGCCCCUUUGCAGGAUCCCCGUUCUCAAUACUCGAUGACUCCCCCAGUGCCUUCGACGCAUUUCCAACAGGGUUACACCGCAUCCCCAGCUGCCGUACCUAUGCCUACCAAUCCUUUUUUCCAGUCGGCGCCCGUCUCUACCCAAUCUACGGGGAACAACCCUUUCCUUCCUCAACCUGCUCCCUCAUCUCCAUCCAUGAAUCCCUUUUUUGGCUUUCAGCCAGCACAGGCACCACAGACUCAGCAGCGACAGAGUUCACUUCCAGCAAGUCUGAAUCCUUUUGGAAUACCACCCUCACAAUCAGCCCCUCAACCGGCGCAGCAGCCCUUUGCAGCACAGGCCGCGUCCCAAGGUCAGGAUAUCUUUGGUACCAUUCAGUCAGACCCGUUUGCAAAUCAAAACAACCCCUUCCAACCCCAGCAGCAACGGCCACAGAUGCAAAAUCCAGCUUCACAAACACCCACAGGCUUCCCAAACUUUCAGUACGGCCAGCCUCAAACCCAGUCGCAGCCACCGCAUCUUCAACAGCACCAAACCUCAUAUCAACCUCAGUUCAGUCAGCAGCCUCAACAACUCAUGCCCCAGCAAACAGGUCGCUAUGAUAAAAAUUCCAUCAUGGCUCUCUACAACUAUCCUCAAUUGGCUCCACAACAACUAGCUUCCAUUCCUGAACCCACUGAUACAGCAAAUCAGCAGGUGGUCUCGCCAACUCCAUCAGGCGACAUUUACGGACAGGGUCUGACUCCCACGAAGCGCAGCGCUACGAUGCCGGUUUCAUUAUCUCACAUGCACUCUUCAGGCGGAGGUGGAAGCCGAAAUCCCUUCUUGACAAACACCGCGAGCACAAAUGCCAAUGCGAAUGUCGGCGUGGCUUCUCCACCUUCUGGACAAGGACAAACUCAGCAAGGCAUUGCUGCAAGACAUGCCAGUAGAGAAAGCAUGCUGAUCAGUGGUCUAGAAAGCGGCCGGCACAGUCCCGAUGCUUUUGCCAACUUGAGUGCGCGGUAUCGAUGAGAGGUGUGCUGAGAACAAGACGCUUCUCCUACAGGACUGUAGGCACCACCGAAGCUGCUAGCCACAUCAUGUGUCUAUCUGGACAUGUUGUGCUAGCUACAUCUCGCAGUGAAGCGGUUUGGAGCAGCCUGGGAGGCAGCGCUGUCUGUAUCUGCCCAAUUGCGUGAUCAGCAAUUCUCUUCCCGCUUAUGCCAGACGCACAUGAAACGGUGUUAUCCUGACAGAAAGGCAGAGUCUUGGUAUUAUCAAUCUCGAACUAUCCUCGAAAACGAGGGAUGUCACAUAACAGCAUGUGGUUGAACCAGCACGUACUCCAGUCGCGCCACAAGUGCACCAAAUGUGCU